AUGAGCGAGCGAGGUCGUGGGAAGUUAUUACGAGGCGGAUUAAAAAAAGCAAAUUUUUUACCAAAUUUAUCUGUUGCCGGAAAACGAGAAGUCGCUGGUCAACCAAGCUCGAAGGGAACUAAUAAAGAAAAACGUGGUCGUGGAGGACGAGGACCUCGUGGAAUCCGUGGACGCGGUGGAGAUCGCGAAAGCAGAAAGCCAAAUUAUAUUGAACAAACUGGAAUAUUCUCAAGUGGCUUAAAUGAUGAUGGAAGGCAUGAUAGACCGAAACUUCGAGAUGAAUUGCCAUUGGUUGGUUUACCUCAUGCGAAAAAGCCUGAUAAAGACGUUGAGAUAUGCGAAAGUCUUGACACAAAGCGUAUCACUUAUGCGACGGAGUGGCUCUCUGAUGAAGAAGGCGAUAUGGAAGAACUGGCGGAGUUGCUUAGAGAUGAGUUUAUUUCGGACUUGAAGGGAGGCGGAGUAAAGCCGUUGGUGCUCCCUUUUUCUGAUGAGCUACAAUUUGACGACACAGUUGAGGAUGUCGUGAAAAAGGAAGUUGAUGAAACUUUUAAUGUCGCUUCUUCAUCUAAAAUCUCUUCUGAAAUCAAAAAAUUGCCUCUUCGUGAAAUGGAAGAAAACCUUAAAAGCAGACUGAAGGAAGAAGAUGUUUGUCUUGGUAAUCCCACUUCAGCUAGCAGCCGUGAGGCAACUGCGUUGCUCGGGAAAAUUAGUAAAGCAGAGAGAGAUUCUUUGAUGUUAUGGCAGUUGCCCAGCACACUUUCGGUGCUUGCCAGUGGGUCUAGAGACCCUGAUUCAUCUGGUAGUGGAGAGCAUAGUCAAAAGCCAAGCAAAAGAGGAGAACCUUGCCACUGCUUGCAUGACUUGCCCAGUGGAACAGAGUUAGGUGUUCUUAGGGUUAGAAAAAGCGGCAGAGCGGAACUUGCUGUUGGUGAUAUGUUACCUCUUGACGUUACCUGUGCUGUUCCAGCUCACCACCAAGAACGGUUUAUUUAUUUACAGUCAGUUGUGAUGGUCAGACUGGAACAACAGAAGAAAGAUGGGUUUGGGCAAAUCCAGAGUUUUAAGAAAGAAUUUAGUGGGGAAAAACAGUCGGAAAACCAACUUUUUGUGUUGGGCAGUUUGUCAAAUACUUUUGUGUGUUCGCAUGACUUCCCGCAGUCUCUUGGAAUGAGGAAGAAGGUUGUGCUUAACUCCGACAACGAGAAAAGCCGGUUUACUGAUUCUGAUGACGAAGUUAAAGCUUUAUAUGCUGAGCUUCAUCGGUUGGAGAAAAAAGAAGAAACUUGGCAGCAUUGGGCUCGGGAGUAUGCACAUUCACCAUAUGGUGAUAGUUGUGAAAAGGAAUGA